AUGCGGCAUCAAAGGUGGCUACUACCUCUACUGGCAGUUGGGGCUAGAGCUGCUCCCGCAAGCACAGCCAAAGACAGCGUCUCGUCUGUCGUCAAAAAUGGCGUCAAAUAUACCGUGUUUGAACAUGCCGCGACCGGAGCCAAGAUGGAGUUCGUCAAGAACUCGGGCAUUUGCGAAACUACCCCCGGGGUAAACCAGUACUCAGGAUAUCUAUCUGUCGGAAGUAACAUGAAUAUGUGGUUCUGGUUCUUCGAGGCGCGGAAUAACCCACAGCAAGCUCCUCUGGCUGCCUGGUUUAAUGGCGGUCCUGGAUGCUCUUCCAUGAUCGGCCUGUUCCAGGAAAAUGGCCCCUGUCACUUUGUCAACGGGGACAGCACUCCCUCAUUAAAUGAGUACAGCUGGAACAACUACGCCAACAUGCUAUACGUUGACCAGCCCAUUGGUGUUGGCUUCUCCUAUGGUACCGACGACGUGACUAGCACAGUCACAGCUGCGCCAUACGUCUGGAAACUCCUACAAGCAUUCUACGCGCAGUUCCCAGAGUACGAAAGUCGCGAUUUCGCUAUCUUCACCGAGUCAUACGGUGGGCACUAUGGCCCUGAAUUCGCCUCGUACAUUCAGGAGCAAAAUUCCGCCAUCAAGGCCGGAUCUGUCUCGGGAGAAAACAUCAACCUGGUCGCCCUUGGCGUUAACAACGGCUGGAUCGACUCGACAAUCCAAGAAAAGGCAUAUAUCGAUUUCAGUUACAACAACUCGUACAAGCAGCUCAUCGACGACUCCCAGCGCACCAGCUUCCUGAGCGCCUACAAUAACCAAUGUCUCCCUGCUAUCCAAAAGUGCACAAAAUCAGGAAGUAACUCGGACUGCCAGAAUGCGGAUAGUGUCUGCUACAAUAAGAUCGAAGGACCGAUUAGUAGUUCGGGCGACUGGGACGUCUAUGAUAUUCGCGAGCCGUCGAAUGAUCCCUACCCACCUUCAACAUACUCCACCUAUCUCUCCAAUGCUGAUGUUGUGAAGGCUAUUGGUGCGCAGUCCAGCUACCAGGAAUGUCCGAAUGGGCCAUAUAAUAAGUUUGCGUCAACUGGUGAUAAUCCCCGAUCUUUCCUCUCUACGCUCUCCAGCGUGGUAAAGUCCGGUAUUAAUGUGCUCGUCUGGGCGGGUGACGCCGACUGGAUCUGCAACUGGCUUGGCAACUACGAGGUCGCCAACGCAGUGGACUUCUCGGGACAUACAGAAUUCAGCGCGAAGGACCUGGCGCCAUACACAGUUAAUGGCACUGAAAAGGGCAUGUUCAAGAAUGUGGACAAUUUCUCGUUCUUGAAGGUGUAUGGGGCGGGGCAUGAGGUUCCUUACUAUCAACCCGACACGGCGCUGCAGGUGUUUGAGCAGAUUCUUCAGAAGAAGCCAAUCUUCUCGACUUGA